AUAUUUCUUUGUGUAAUAGUUUUAUUGAUACUGAGUCUGUAUCUCACUUUUUCUUCUUUAAAUUUGUUUAUUUUUUAUGUAUUUUUUGAAAUAAGUUUAAUUCCUACGUUAUUUUUGAUUAUUGGUUGAGGAAAUCAACCUGAGCGUUUAAUAGCGGGAGUUUACCUAUUAUUUUAUACUUUAUUAGUGUCUUUACCAAUAAUAGGGGCUUUAAUUUGGUUGUACAAAACUUAUAAUUCUUUAGAUUUUUAUUUUUUUAGUAACUCAAAUAGCUUAUUUUUGUAUUUAUGUAUAAAUAUAGUAUUUUUUGUGAAAAUUCCUAUAUAUGGUAUUCAUUUAUGGCUCCCAAAAGCUCAUGUUGAGGCCCCUAUUUCUGGAUCAAUAAUUUUAGCUGGGGUAAUAUUAAAAUUAGGGGGGUAUGGACUUUUACGUUUAAUAAAGAUUUUCAUAGAAAUUGGAUUAAAAAUUAAUAUUAUUUUUAUUGUUGUUUCUUUGAUUGGGGGUGCUAUUAUUGCUAUAAUUUGUGUUCGUCAGAGAGAUAUAAAGAUAUUAAUUGCUUAUUCUUCAGUUUCUCAUAUAGGGUUAGUUUUGGCGGGGAUUAUAACUAUAAAUUUAUGAGGGUUUUGGGGUGCCUUAGUUUUAAUAUUAGGCCAUGGGCUUUGCUCAUCCGGUUUAUUUUGUUUAGCAAAUUUUCUAUAUGAACGUUCCCAUAGCCGAAGAAUUUAUUUAAAUAAAGGUAUAAUUAAUAUUAUACCUAGCCUUUCUUUAUGAUGGUUUCUUUUGUGUUCUUCAAAUAUAGCAGCUCCUCCUUCAUUGAAUUUAUUGGGGGAAAUUUUAUUAAUUAAUUCUAUUUCAAGAUACAGAAAAUUAGCUAUAAUUUGUUUAUUUUUUAUAGUAUUUUAUAGAGCGGCUUAUUCUUUAUUUUUAUAUUCGUAUACUCAGCAUGGAAAAUUUUAUUCUGGGUUGUAUACUUUUUACCAAAUCAAUUUUCGUGAGUACUUACUAGUAUUUUUACAUUGAGUGCCAUUAAAUAUUUUAUUUUUAAAAUCUGAGAUUGUAUCUUUUUGGGUUUA